AUGGCCAUGGAUGUGAGCACAUUGCAUGCUCUCUUCGCGGGUUGGCAAUUGGCUGAGACUGGCGCAGAGACGCGGAAUGAUGGCCCACUCGUAGCUCUGCUCGAUAAGUCCACGGCGACAAUCAGCGGAUGGAGCCAAGUCGAGUGCUUCCAGCCUGCGAUAUACGAGCUUUUGCUACUUGAAAACAUUAAGUACAUGCUCAGCCAAGCGACAGCAAUGAAGCAGAUGCUGAUGGAGCGAGAACGCGCCGUAGCGGGUGAGUCGUCGCCUUCUCCACCGCAAACGGUAUCUCCAUCAUCUCCACCGACGUCCGGCUUCUCCGUGGCGUCGUUCACGUCUGCAGCGUCGAGAUUCAUGAGCGCAGUGGAGCCACCGUCUCUAAGUAUUGAAGAGCAGCAACGUCGUGCACACCACAUCAGCGAGCUCAUUACACGAGCUUUAAUGGCCGAAGAGAUGCAGCGUUUCCGAGUUGAGACGACGAAGGAACUGGAAAACAUCAUGAACCAUUUCUCCUGCGCUGAGGCGCAGCUAUCGAAACGAUCGGGUUCUGUGUGGCGCGAAUACCUUAAAACGACUCCAACUGACCCUCAAGCGCUGGCUCAAAGCACAAAGGAACUGCUCGACUCAGCUUCGACAACGUGCAUUCCGUCAUCACCUUCCGCUGCCGAGGCGUUUUGAUGAUCGUGCUGUGCUCACUGGACUGCGAAUUACACGCUUUGGUAAAAGAAUUUAGCUCAUAAGGCCAGCAGGCUUACUUUAUCUCACUUGCCGGCUGCUAGGACAAAACUUUACUUGUUAAGGAUCUCGCG